AUGCUGCAACAAUUCAAGAUCAGAAUAACCGUCUUCCCACCUGGUGCUAAGGCUGUUGUUAAAAUGUCUUGGGCCGCUGUUAAUGUUUCUGGUACAUACGAAGCUGAUCUGAAUAUCUUUGGUCACACCAUAGUUGGUUCCGGUUCUAUUUCUGGCGAUCUCUCCAAAUUGGACUUUGAAUUGCACCUCAAAUUGAGAGCCGGGCUUAAUGGGACCAUCGAUACUAGUUCUGACCUCGAUGUAUCCUUGGGGUCUUCUGAGCUCCUCAUUGAAAACUUGACCAUUGAUGGUCAUGACGUCAGUGGACCUCUGCAACAGUUGGCUACUCGCUUUCCCAAUUUCCUGCAGGCCUACGGCCAUGCCGUUGAUGGUCUUUUUGAAGUCUAUAUCGUUCCAGUUUUGCAAAAACUUCUAAAUGGUAAUGUGAGUUUACCCAAAAUUGGUAAAUGUGGUUUCAAAGAGUUUAAACAUUUUCAAUGAAAAUAAUUUGGUUAUCCUUUUGUUUUUGUGUUUAAAUAAAAUCUAAUUGCAUUCAAACAA